AUGCCUCAGUUCACUCUACACAAGUCCCGACUCAAAUGGACCAGUGAUGAACAGGAUCAAUGGCUGAUGACCUGUCCCCAGUACAUCGCCUGUCAAACUCAAUCACUCUACGCACAAGAUGGCACACUACAGCUGCACAAGGUCACGUCACUCCAGCUCGACUCGGAGUUUGUCAUCACGCCGGGCUCACUGCCCGACACCAUCACAUCAUUGACACUGGAUAGCAACUACAACAGCGUGAUACAUCCGCUGUCGUUGCCUCUAUUCCUCACCAAGUUAAACAGGGGCUUCUACUUCAACAAGCCCAUCGUACCGGCCUCGCUGCCCGACUCACUCCUGGAGCUAACGUUUGGCUUCAUGUACAAUCAACCGAUCUCGCCCUACGUCCUCCCUCGCGCGCUCCUCUCUCUGACGUUUGGCUUCGAGUUCAAUCAUCCCAUUCACAUGGCUGGAGUACUUCCACCAUCACUCACAUCACUCAAGGUUGGUGAAUGCUUCACCAAUGCGCUACUGGCACUGCCGCAGACUCUGGUAUCAUUGGAGGUGGACAACAUGACGCAGAAGGCAGUGCUGCCACCAUCGAUCAAGAUACUCAAGGUGUCAUUCCUCGAUCAACUCUACACAAUGCUCAAGUCAGUCACUGGACCAAGCAUGCUGGAGCAUGUCCGACUACAUUACAUACCUUUGAGCAAUAGCUCGAUCGAGAAGAUAUCACCGUCGAUUAGGAUUAGGAUGCUGGUGGUCAGACAGGUCAGCUACCCAACCAAGUCACUCUCAUAUCUCGACAUUGCACUGGAGCAGUUGGCAUUUGUAAUGCGAGCGGUACCAUGUGCCGAGACCUACGGUCUGGUGCACCUAUAUCUACCUGAUCAACUACGAGUGAUUGCUCGUAGAUUGGACAGUUGUACAUCUUUAUACAUAUUCAAGGAGCCUUAUAUAUUUGAUGAGGCUAUCAAACAUAUUGGAGAGAUUCAUUCAUCAGACUGUCGUGUAUUAUUUGUUACAACAAAACAACAUCAUCCAUCAAUCAAGAAGAGGAUGAGUAUAAUAGUAGACAAGUUAUUAACAUUUGGAAAGAGACAUUAG